AUGGAUUGUAAGAAAACUAUGCUCUUCGACAUUGAACCUGGAGAUGAAAUCGUUAUUUCUGGUAUCGCCGGUAGAUUUCCUGAAUCUGAUAACAUAAAGCAUCUUCAGGAGAAUCUGUUUAACAAGGUAGACCUUGGAUCGAAUGAUACCCGACGAUGGAAUCACGUUCACCCAGAAGUACCACAACGCACAGGAAAAAUCAAUAACAUGGAGAAAUUCGAUGCAGAAUAUUUUGAUAUUUCCUUCGAUGAAGUUGCUAUGAUGGAUCCUAUGGGUAGGAUGUUAUUAGAACAUACCUAUGAAGCUAUUAUCGAUGCAGGAGUAAAUCCGAAAGAUAUACGUGGGACAAAAACUGGAGUUUUUAUCGGGGCAUGUUUUUCUGAAUCGGAAGAAAACUGGAUUUACGAAAAACAUCAGAUAUCUGGUCCUGUAAUUGUUGGAUGUAGCAAGACUAUGCUGGCAAAUCGAAUUUCUCAAUGGUUGGAUAUAACAGGACCGUCUUACACAAUCGAUAGCGCUUGCAGUUCAAGUCUUUUUGCUAUGGAACGUGCUUUUAGAAGUAUGCAAUCGGGGGAGUGUGAUGCCGCUAUUGUCGGUGGUGCAAAUCUCUGUUUGAAUCCUCUUAUAUCCUUGCAAUUCACGCGACUAGGAGUUUUAUCGCCUGAUGGAAUUUGUAGAUCUUUCGAUGAAAACGCAAACGGUUAUAUGCGUAGCGAAGCAAUCGGUAUAGUAUACCUGCAAAAGGCAAAAAAAGCUAAGAGGAUUUAUGCAACCGUUGUGUAUACCAAGAUAAAUUGUGAUGGAUAUAAAGAACAAGGCAUUACUUUCCCGUCUAGCAAAAUGCAAGGAGCUUUGCUUCAAGAAUUUUACGAUGAAUGUGGUAUAUCAUCGUCUUGUGUAGAUUAUAUGGAAGCUCAUGGUACCGCUACCAGAGUUGGCGAUCCUGAAGAAAUUAACGCUCUCGAAAAAGUUAUCUGCAAGGAUAGGAAGACUCCUUUGUUAAUUGGUUCUGUCAAGUCAAACUUGGGUCACUCUGAGGCUUCUGCAGGUUUAUGUCAAAUUGCUAAGGUUAUAAUUGCGAUGCAAACCGGUAUAAUUCCACCGAAUGCAAACUUUAAACAAGUACGGAAAAGUGUGAAAGCUCUUGAGGAUGGAAGUAUACGUGUAGUGAAUACUCCAACACCAUGGAAUCCCGGUUUAGUGGGUAUUAAUUCGUUUGGCUUUGGCGGGGCCAAUUGUCAUAUUUUGCUGCAAUCUAAUUUGAAGCAAAAAGUUAAUGGAGGAGCGCCAAAUGACGAUUUACCAAGACUCAUUGUUGUAUCCGGUCAUACUGAACACGCAGUCGAAUCAUUAUUAAAUGAGAUCGAGAAUCAGCCGAUAGACGUCGAAUAUAUCCGGCUGUUGCAUGAUCUUCACGCUGACGAUAUACAAGGUCAUCCUUAUAGAGGGUACGCAAUUAUCGAAUCUAAAGCAUCGAUAAAAAUGAUGAAAGAAAUACAACAUUAUUCAGGUAAAAAAAAGCCGAUUUGUUUCGUGUUUUCCGGAAUAGGAUCGCAAUGGCCUGGCAUGGGUCAAGCGUUACUGCGAUUCCCGACAUUUUAUAAAACUGUAAAAAAGUGCGACACUAUUUUAAGGACACGUGGAAUGCGCAUCAUUGAUGUAUUAACAAGUAAACACGAAGCAAUCUUUAACAGUAUAUUGAACUCGUUAGUUGGUAUUACUGUAAUGCAGAUCGGAUUAAUCGAUCUUUUAAAAUCCGUAAAUAUCGUGCCAGAUCAUGUUGUCGGUCAUUCGAUCGGCGAACUCUGUUGCGGAUACGUGACUGGUAAUUUUACAAUGGAACAAGUGCUUCUCUCCUCGUAUUAUAUAGGAUUGGCGUUGAGUGAAACAAAAAUAGUUCAUGGCGCCAUGGCGAACAUUGAUCUUAGUUAUGAAAAUGCUAAGAACAUAUGUCCAUGGAAAUUGGAAAAUUUGAUUUUAUGCGUUAUGUUGGACAACUUAUUCUCGGCUACAAAAGAGCAAAGAAUGGUAUUGAAUAAGUUCCUAGUCAAUGGCCUUAUUAGCGGAGCCAUUAAGCCAAUCAGCAGAAAAGUUUUCCAAAGAGACGAAAUUGAGUCUGCAUUUAGAUACAUGGCAGCUGGAAAGCAUAUAGGAAAAAUAAUCAUAAAAAUAUAUAAAGCUGGCGAAUCUAUAAGCGCACCUAUUCCGGCACUUCCACGUUAUUAUUGUAUGAUCAACAAGACAUAUGUCAUUUUCGGUGGCUUAGGUGGUUUCGGUUUAGAAUUAGCCGAUUGGUUGAUUAUUCGAGGCGCCGAGAAUCUUGUGCUUGUCUCGCGCACAGGAAUAAAGAACGGAUAUCAGCAAAUGAAGAUUGACUUGUGGAAAUCUUAUGGAGUGAGGAUAUUGAUCUUAUCGAACCUUGAUGCGUCAAACGUCAAUGAUUGCGAACGUAUAUUGAAAACAGCGGAAAAGCUAGCGCCAGUAGAUGCUAUAUUUAAUCUUGCUGUGCUGUUAAACGAUAAGAUUUGCCAAAAUCAUACCGUAGAGACAUUCCAAGUGCCAUUUAAAGCAAAAGCUUGGGCGACGAAGAAUUUAGAUCAGGCAAUGCCGGACAGAGCAAUUACGGCAUGGCAAACUCUGUUAUGGAAAGAAUUUGUGAGAGAAGAGUGCAAGAAGGUUUACACGGAUAUCGGAAAUUCGCGCGACACCAGUUUCGAGCAAAUGAUAUUUCGACAGACCGAGGGUCGCGGUGUAGAUCUCGUAUUGAACUCAUUCGCUGAAGAUAAACUUCAGGCUUCUAUUCGUUGUCUUGCGAGAGGAGGGCGUUUCUUGGAAAUUGGAAAAUUUGAUUUUAUGGCUAAUAAUAUAUUGGACUUGUCAGUUUUUUCAAAAGGUAUUACAUUUUACAGCGUUAUGUUGGACAACUUAUUCUCGGCUACAAAAGAGCAAAGAAUGGUAUUGAAUAAGUUCCUAGUCAAUGGCCUUAUUAGCGGAGCCAUUAAGCCAAUCAGCAGAAAAGUUUUCCAAAGAGACGAAAUUGAGUCUGCAUUUAGAUACAUGGCAGCUGGAAAGCAUAUAGGAAAAAUAAUCAUAAAAAUAUAUAAAGCUGGCGAAUCUAUAAGCGCACCUAUUCCGGCACUUCCACGUUAUUAUUGUAUGAUCAACAAGACAUAUGUCAUUUUCGGUGGCUUAGGUGGUUUUGGCUUAGAAUUAACCGAUUGGUUGAUCAUUCGAGGCGCCGAGAAUCUCGUGCUGAUUUCGCGCACAGGAAUAAAGAACGGAUAUCAGCAAAUGAAGAUCGAUUUAUGGAAGUCUUACGGAGUAAAAAUAUUGAUCUUAUCGAACCUUGACGCGUCAAACGUCAAUGAUUGCGAACAUAUAUUAAAAACAGCGGAAAAGCUGGCGCCUGUAGAUGCUGUAUUUAAUCUUGCUGUGGUGUUGAACGAUAAGAUCUGCCAGAAUCAUACUGUAGAAACAUUUCAAGAGCCAUUUAAAGCAAAAACUUUGGCGACGAAGAACUUGGAUCGAUUGUCUAGAAAGAUAUGUCUCCAGCUUCGACAUUUUGUUGUGUUCUCUUCAGUUUCCUGCGGUAGAGGCAAUGCCGGACAGAGCAAUUACGGCAUGGCAAACUCUGUUAUGGAAAGAAUUUGUGAGAGAAGAGUGCAAGAAGGUUUACACGGACUGGCGGUUCAGUGGGGCGCAGUAGGCGAUGUCGGCCUCGUGGCCGACAUGCAAGACGACGAUAGGGAAAUGGUUAUUGGCGGAACUUUGCAACAAAAAAUAAGCUCCUGCAUCGAGAAACUCGAAGAAUUUUUGUUACAAGAACAUCCCGUAGUGGGAAGUAUGGUUGUAGCUGAGAAGCGUUCGGACGCUUUUGGCGCAAACAAUAUUGUUGAAACCGUGGCCAAUAUUAUGGGUUUGAAGGAUUUGAAUAAUGUGGCUCGUUACACACCAUUGCCCGAGCUCGGCAUGGACUCGAUGAUGGCUGUGGAAAUUAAACAGACUUUGGAACGAGAGUUUGAUGUUUUCCUUACAGCGCAAGAUAUUCGUUAUCUUAAUUUUGCGAAACUUAUAGAGAUGUUUGACAAAGACACUUUGAAUGAUAAAAAUGUCCAAGAUGUGAACGAAUUGACUGGCAUUAAACUGCUCGUUCGUUUGAUAGGUAACGAUCAUCUGAUACCCGACGUUUGUUUGGAUAUGCCAACAAAAAGGAACAUGACGAGAAACGAAAUAUUUCUAUUGCCAGGAGUCGAAGGUUGUGGAAAUAUAUUUGAUUCGUUGGUACAACAAAUCGAAGCUCCAGCAACAUGCUUACAACAUGGAGUAUAUCAUAUCGGCACGGGCUGUACUUCAAUAAAUGAGAUCGCAGAUCAUCUUUUAAAACAUAUUUUGAGUAAAAAGAAAUUGAAUCGAGAUUUUACAAUAGUGGGUUAUUCAAUGGGAUCAUUGAUCGCCAUUGAAUUAGUGCGAAAGUUAGAAGGCAUGAAUCUUCAAGGCCGAUUAGUGCUUAUCGAUGGCGCACCUGAACAGAUGAAAGCAAUAGCAAAUCAUCAUUUAUCUUUUAACACGAUUACUGAACUCGAGAAUAAUAUUUUUUUGGGUAUAAUGGAUACUAUACAACCAGCACUUAGUGGAAAGCUUCUUUUGGAGUUAAAUAAAUGCACCAACUGGAAUAAAAAAUUAGAUGUUUUUAUAACUCAUGUUCCUUCAACUUAUACAAAAUUGUCGGUUGACAAUAACAAAUCUUUAUGUACAACAAUUUACGAGCGGUUAAUCGCUGUUCAUGAAUAUGAUGUUACACAAUUACCGAAAAUUGAAACACCGAUAAUUCUUUUAAAGCCUAUGAUACAAUCAUUGUCUUUUCCUCAGGAAGAUUACGGUUUACAUAAGAUUACUAAAGGAAAUGUGGAAGUAUGUUAUAUCGAAGGUAAUCAUGUUACAAUGAUGGACAGCGAUAAAGUUGUCGCUGCGAUCAAUGGAGAACAUAUCGAAAGUGUCAGAAAAUUAAAGCUAGAUUUAACAGAUGAUAACACAACAUCUGUUAAAGAUAUUUAUACCAGAUCAUAG